ACGUAUUUUGUUACUUUUCUCUAUGGUAUUUUGCUUCUGGCUCUGUUUGUUUUGUUGGUGUUACUUAAAUCCGUGUAGUAAUAAAUACCACUCGAAAUAAACAAUAAAGUAUGGCUGACGAAGAUGUUAUCCGCAGAAGACUCCUCAUUGAUGGAGAUGGAACAGGAGACGACAGAAGGUUAAACGUUUUGUUAAAAACUUUAAUAAAGUGGUGUAACAGCACAGAUGAAAAACCUGAAGAAAGUAAGUCAACACAUGACCGCAUGCUGGCCCAACUUGCUCAAUGUGAAUUUGCAGUAACAAAGUCUCAAUUAGCCUCAGAAAUGAUGUCCGCUGAACUUACAAGCUAUGAAGCACUGUCACAGAUUCUGGAAACCGGUAUAGAGGUGGCUAAAGGCAACAUAGAAAAGAGUAAAGCUGAUCUAGCUCAAGCAAAAACUGUCCGUAAGAACAGAAUUGAAUAUGAUGUUCUAGCUAAGGUUAUAAGCGAACAACCUGAUAGAAAAGAGACUUUAGAGCAACUGAGUACCCUAAAAACGGAAUUAGGUAGUUUAGAAUCGACAAAGCAGCAGUUAGAGAGUCGUUUGGCAUUAAGAAAGAAGCAAUUUCAUGUACUGGUUACUUCAAUUCAUCAGUUGCAGGCUUUGUUGGAUGAGCCUGAUGAUACAGAAUCUGUUUCUGAUGAUGUUGAAAUGAAAGACGACAUUAUAGAAGCAUCAGCAUGAAUGAUUAGAUUUUUAAUGU